CCCCCGCCGCGCGCGCGCUGAGCCGCGCUCGCUCCCGUGACGCAGCGCCUCCCGGUCGGUCGGUCGGUGCUCAGAUGCUGGAUCCGGAGCGACAGGCGCGCUCAUCUCCGUGGGGCUGAACGAGGCGAGGGCUGGAGACGGUUCGUGCCCAUCAGGGAGCCUCUGAGUGCGGGGAAGGAUGCUCCGAGCGAGUCGCUCCGCGGGCGGCGGGACUUAAAGACGCUGCGCUCCGUUCACCGGAACUCUUUUAAGAUUUAUCGCACCUGUCCCUCCCUUUCUUUGAUCAGACCCUGAGAGUCCAGGCGGUUGUGGACCAGUUUCAGUGCCCGGGACCGGUUUAUUUUUUUUAUAUUUUAUUUUUGACACCAUGUGGAAGCCCGGGACCCUGCUGCUGCUGUCGAUGCUCUCCGCGUCCGGAGAGCUCCAGCAGGAGACGGAGUCCCGCAGACUCCCACCGCCGGGAAAGUUGGAUUUCGGCUAUGUGCCUGCGGGAGUUUAUGAGACCCUGGCUCACUACGAACCGGGACCCAUCGGGAUCCUGUUCCAGCUGGUGCACGCCUUUCUGCAUGCUGUGCAGCCCAACGCGUUCCCGCACGAUCUUAUUGUCAAACUGGCAAAGGACAAGUUUGGAGCCAUUCAGACAGAGUAUCAAAAGCCAGAGAACAUAGUGCUGACCCUACAGGCCAUCUACUACGAGAUAGGCUUCGUCAUAUGUGCGGCGGCGGGCCUGCUGUUCGCCGUCCUCCUGCCGAUCGUGGGGCUCUUCUUCUGCAUGUGUCGCUGCUGUGACAACUGCGGCGGCGAGAUGCACCAGCGCCAGAGGAAGAACGCGGACUGUCGACGCGGCCUGCUCGGAACGCUGCUCUUCUCCACCUCGCUGGUCAUCACGAUCGGAGUCCUGUGUGCUUACGCUGCCAAUCAGAACCUCAGCUCUCAGGUGAAGAACAUCCGACGGCUGGUCAACAGCAACAUGAGGGACCUGCACACCUUCGCUAACGACACAUCGAUGCAAAUUGAUUACCUAAUAUCCCAAUACGCCACCGCCAAGAACAAAGUCAUCUAUGACCUAGAUAACAUAGGUCCGUUAUUAGGAGGAAAAAUACACGAGCAGCUGGAUAAGGAGGUCCGCCCUGCCUUGGAUCAGGUGCUUAACAUGGCUGGAGCCAUGCGAGAAACCAAGGAGGCCCUGGAGAACGUCAGCGCCUCUCUCGUGGUCCUGCAGGAAGGCGUGGCCAAGCUCGACUUCAACCUGAGCCAGGUCCGCGGCAGGAUCAACCGCACCCUCAACGACCCCGGCUGCCACGACGAGGAAUCGGACGCCACCACGGCCCAGCUGUGCCACAACAUCCGCCAGUCGCUGUCCCGGCUGCACGUCGGAGCCAAUUUCACCCGGCUCCCCAACGUGAACCCGCAGCUGGAAAAGAUGAACAACGUGAUGAAAACAGAUCUGAGCUCAGUUGUCCAAAGGGGUUUCUCCUCGCUGAACGACACGCCACACAUGGUGAUAGAACAGACCAGAAGUGUUGUCAGCAGCGUACAGAAUCUGAUGGACGACGUCGGCAACAACAUCAGCAGCUUCUCCAGAGCGUUCCCACUGCAGACCUGUCUGUCCAACUUCACCAUCCUCAUCAACCACGUGCACGCAAAGAUCGAAGACUACUACCCUGAAAUAGACAAAAUGGACUUUUACAGGUGGAUCGGCUGCAUCGCUCUUUGCUGCAUGGUGGUCCUGGUCUUGGCCUUCAACUACCUGGGUCUGCUGUGCGGCACUCUGGGGUACGACAAACACGCCUCGCCCACAACACGGGGAUGCGUCUCGAACACAGGGGGGACCCUUCUCAUGGCUGGUGUUGGAUUUAGUUUCAUCUUCUCCUGGGUGCUCAUGGGAGUGGUGACAGCCAUCUUCUUGGCUGGAGGGAACAUGGAGAAACUGGUCUGUGAGCCGUUCCACACYAAAGAGCUUUUUAAGGUUGUCGACACGCCUUAUUUAAUCAACCACGAGUGGAAGAAUUUCAUCCCUGGCUACUUGUACAACGAUUCCAACUUGGAGCUGACAGCAGAAAGUCUGUACAGCACCUGCAAAAAGAACAAAGGCAUCUACUCCGCCUUGCGUCUGGACAAAAUCUUCAACAUUUCUUCUUUCUUGAACACAACCGUGUUUACUAAGGAUGUGCUGAGGCAGCUGGACAGCGUGAAGAUCGACCUGCGAGGGAUAACCCUGUUGGAGGCCGAGGGGAAGAAGAACCUCCGAGAUUUCUCUGAAGCGGGGCUGUCAGAGAUCAACUACGCCGACUACCUGGAAGAGGUGAAUAAAGGAGUAACUGCAGUAGACGUGUUCUCAUUCGCCAAAGAACUUGAAUCUCAAACAGACCUUAUGCCCAGGGGACCCCUGCAGACUGCCCUGAAAGCCCAUGUCAGCACUCUGCAGCAGAUCCACAGACAACAGAUUGUUCCGAUGGAACAAGCCAUGAGUGCGUUAAACCAGAGCAUGAGGUUCCUGGAGAGAACAGCCUCAGAUCUCCCUAACAAAGUUCUAGCUGUUCUCGAUGCCAUUGAAGCYGCUCAGUACCUCAUCUCCCAGAAUGCCACACUUCUAAUCAAUCAGGAGACAAGAAAAUACACAGCAACCAUCAUCGGUUACUUCCAUCAAUACAUAGAAUGGGUCAAAACAUCCUUGGCCUUGGAAGUUGCGCAAUGCAAGCCCUUCAGCAACAUUCUGGACACGGCGGAGAUCAUGACCUGCAGUUUCCUGGUGGACUCGAUGAACACCUUCUGGAUGGGCCUGGGCUGCAGCACUCUCUUUCUGCUCCCGAGCAUCAUACUGGCUGUAAAACUGGCCAAAUAUUACCGCAGGAUGGACACAGAGGACGUUUACGAUGACAUUGAGACUAUUCCCAUGAAAAAUAUGGAAAAUGGUAUUAAUGGUUAUCAUAGUGAACGCUGUCAAGGUAUUCCUAACCCCAUGAUGACAAGCGUCCCCACCUACGAUACAAUGAACAGGUUUCCACGAGCCUCGGCUCCUCCGAGGCACAUCGACUGGUGACGGAGCCGGGCUCUGGUUCUGGCUCCUGACAGCUCUUUCUACAUUUUCUUUUUUUUCCAACUGGAGGAAUCUCAAGCAAAGCUGGUUUUCUUCAACUGAAGAACACAAAAUAAAAACAUUUAAAAACCAUCCUGCAGAUAUAUUUUUCAAUGAUCCACUGAACUCUCUCAGAUCUGUGGUUUUCUUCCUGCCUGCCUCUUUUUUUUUUUCCCCAUAAACAUAAAUCUGAGCCAAACGUCAGCUGCAUUUUCUGUAGAACUGCUGUGUUUGUGUUUACAUUUGUUUGUACAAAAAAAAGAAACUAAGCUGUUG